AUGAUGGAAAAAACCAGUAGAAGCACAUUUUUUUCGAAUAUUUUUGCCAUUACCCUAUUAGUGUGGACAUCGAACUACACCAAUGAGCGAAUUUGUUAUGAUGGACAAUUCAGUAAAGAAAUGAAUCUAAUAAGCAAGUAUGUAGAUGGAAGAAAGAGCAGAAUAUUAGGCCAAAGGAAAUAUCCAAGUAAUCGAAAAAAUCAAGCAUUUUUGAAAGAAAAAAUAAGUGAUCUAAUUGGUAGUAAUGAUACAGAUUCUGUAAACAGUAAUUAUUUUUCAAUGGAUGAAAGUUCGAAUUCAGUUAAUACAUUUAACUCAGAUAAUGCUUCUGAUAUAGGUAAUAAUAAUGAUGAUACUAUGUCUCUGUAUAGUGUGGAUUCUUUAAAUACAGCAGAAGCCUCAGAACGAAAUAAUGAUGAUACUAUGUCUAUGUAUAGUGUUGAUUCCUUAAAUACAGCAGAUGCCUCAGAAGGAAAUAAUGAUGAUACUAUGUCUGUGUUUAGUGUGGAUUCAUUAAAUGAAAGAAAUCCCUCGGAAGGGAGUAUUUCUGACACUGCAUCUUUGUAUAGCGUGGAUUCAAUAAAUGAUGCAGAUAACUCCAAAGGAAGUACGCAGAAAAAUAGCAAUGCUUCAAAUACAAAUACUUUAAAAAUGAAGGAUCGAUUUAAAAGGUCUAAUUAUGAUGCAAAUUCUAUGUUAAGUGUAGAUUCCUUGAACACAACAGAUCUUACAGAUGGCAGUGUUUCUGACAGUGCAUCUGUGUUUAGCGUGGAUUCAUUAAAUGAUGCAGAUAACUCCAAAGGAAGUACGCAGAAAAAUAGCAAUGCUUCAAAUACAAAUACUUUAAAAGUGAAGGAUCGAUUUAAAAAGCCAAAUAAUGAUACUAAAUCUAUGUCAAGUAUAGAUUCCUUGAACACAAGAGAUCUCACAGAUGGCAGUGUUUCUGACAGUGCAUCUUUGAUUAGCGUGGAUUCAUUAAAUGAUACAGAUUCCUCUAAAGGAAGUACGCAGAAAAAUAGUAAUGCUUCAAGUACAACUACUUUAAAAAUGAAGAAUCUCUUUAAAAAGGCAAAUCGUGAUACUAAAUCCAUGUCAAGUAUAGAUUCCUUGAACACAACAGAUCUUUCAAACGAUAGUGUUUCUAAUAGUGACUCUUCUAGUGCAAAAUCGUUUAGGACGAAGGAUUAUUCUAUUAAUACCUUAGAUUCUAGUAAUACAAACAGUACAGGCUAUGAUGAUUCAAUUAGUAGCAGUAGGAGACGACAUAAUAAAAGAAAAAAUCGUUAUGAUAGUUACAACACAAGUGAAUUAUACAUGGAUAAAGGAAAAUUAGAGCAUGGUACCUUAUAUUCCUCAACAGUACCACUUCCGCUAGUGAAACAAUCUUAUGAAAUAGCAGAAUUCUCUAAUAGUGGUAGGAGAAAAGGUCUAGUUGGAUUUUUUAAAAAAUUGGAUAAAAGUUAUGAAAAACAGUUUAUAAAACUUUUAACAGACGAUUAUAAACGUGUUGAAGUAGGUCAAAGUAAAUCUAUGAAAAAAGCAAAGUUAUACGCAAAGAUUCUUUCACCAGUGGUAGCUAGCGCAACACUUAUUAUGUGGUUAAUCAUGUGUGGAUUUGCAACCUCAACUAUUUAUGCAGGAGGUGUGCUCUACCUUGCAGCAGCAUCAUAUGUUUAUAGAAAAUACAAAAGGAGUGUGAGUAAGUGUGAUCACAUUGCGCGAAGUAUUCCCUGUCCUAGUAGAAGGGCAAUUUCUUACUAG